AACACCAAGUACAAGUCAGCGCCUGCUGCCGAGAAGAAGGUGUCCACGAAGGGCAAGGGCAGGAGGCACAUCUUCAAGCUGAAGAAUCCCAUCAAGGCUCCUGAGUCUGUAUCCACUAUAAUUACGGCGGAAUCAAUCUUUUAUAAGGGUGUCUACUACCAAAUUGGAGAUGUUGUUUCGGUGGUUGAUGAGCAGGAUGGAAAAACAUACUACGCCCAGAUCCGUGGGUUUAUUCAGGACCAGUACUGUGAGAAGAGCGCUGCGCUGACCUGGCUCCUGCCUACGCAGGCCAGCCCCAAAGACUGUUUUGACCCGGCAUCCUAUAUCAUAGGACCAGAAGAAGAUCUCCCAAGGAAGAUGGAAUAUUUAGAAUUUGUCUGUCAUGCACCUUCAGAAUAUUUCAAGUCUCGAUCAUCUCCCUUCCCUACACGACCAGAGAAGGGCUAUAUCUGGACUCAUGUGGGACCUACGCCUGCAAUCUCCAUUAAAGAAACUGUUACCAAUAAUUUAUAA